AUGGGAAGAACAUCUGUUUUGGCUGACGCCUUGAAGACCAUCACAAACGCCGAGAAGAACGGUAAGAGACAAGUCUUGAUCAGACCAUCCUCAAAGGUGAUCAUCAAGUUCUUGAGAGUUAUCCAGAAGCAUGGAUACAUUGGAGAAUUCGAGUACAUCGAUGACCACAGAUCUGGUAAGGUUGUCGUUCAGUUGAAUGGAAGAUUGAACAAGGUUGGUGUUAUUCAGCCAAGAUUCAACGUUAAGAUCAACGAGAUUGAGAAGUGGACUGACAACUUGUUGCCAGCCAGACAGUUCGGUUACAUCAUCUUGACCACAUCUGCUGGUAUCAUGGAUCACGAGGAGGCUAAGAGAAAGCAUGUUUCUGGUAAGAUCCUUGGAUUUGUUUACUAA